AUGUCUGAUUGCAAAAGUGUUAAGAUUCCAAUAGAUAUCAAUACAAAGUUAAAAAGUACAUCUGAGGAAUCAAAUACAUUGAAUGGAAUCUCUUAUCAAGAAAUUAUUGGAUGCUUGUUGUAUAUUUCACACAUUACUAGGCCAGAUAUAAGUUUUGUGAUAAAUUUAUUGAGUCAAUACAAUCAGAAACCUGAAAUGGCACAUUGGAUAUUAUUGAAGCGAGUUAUGCGAUAUUUAAAAGGUACUGAAGAUAAUAGAUUGAGUUAUAAACAAAAUGCAGAGGAAACUAUGACUCCUGGCUUCUGUGACACAGACUGGGCAGGUUCAGAAGAUCACCGACGUUCGUGUACUGGGUACAUCUUCUUGUUUCAGGGAGGAGCGAUUAGCUGGAGUUCUAAACGCCAGCCAACUGUUGUGCUAUCGACAACCGAAGCAGAGUAUAUGUCUUUGUCGUCCUGUGUUCAAGAGUCUAUGUGGCUGAAGCAACUACAAGAAACGUUUUGGCCUCUACUGAAGAAUGAAGCAAUGAUUAUCUACAGCGAUAAUCAAAGUUCUAUUAAACUAUCGAAAUCCGAUGGCUAUCAUUCCAGAACAAAGCAUAUAGAUGUGAGGCAUCAUUAUGUACGUGACAAAACUGUUGAAGGGGCCAUUGAUGUGCAAUAUAUACAAACGGACUUGAUGGUAGCAGAUGCACUCACUAAAGCGACAUCACAUGCUAAACUGGCAUACUGUGCCUCCACGAUAGGGUUGAUUUGA